UCCCUCCCUCCGUACAACAGUCUCGAUUGUAGUUCGAGUAAGUGUCAGUGCUUAGGCAAAACCGUACGUUUCUGGAGCGCAAACGUAGCGUUUCCAGACGAUUAGGGUUCCUUUGGUUCCCACUUUCAGCGCAAACGUAGCGUUUCGCAGGGAGGAACGCCUUAGUGCGAUUUUGUAGACAUCUACCGAUGCUCGGAAAAGUGACGUUUUCACCUCCUGGCUUCACGAAGCUGUAGAUUUUAGCCACAUUUUACUCGAAUGUUUAGGUUUUGUCGCUCUCAACAUUCGCGACCUGCAUCCGCUGCUUAGGUUCGGUAUUCGCGUUGCCGAAGCUGGCGCGCUUUGGUAUGUAGAUGCUCUGUAGGUGGUAGAAACCCUAGAUCGAGUUUCGGCGCGUGAAUCUUGACGAAGCUCGUCUAACGUCAAGCGAGGUUCGCCGAGACUCUGCGACGUCCUGCUCAAUGUGGUAACUGAAACAUUCGCCACUCCAGCCUCUCCAUUCAAGGUUCGUCCCGCGGUGCGCCUCUCUCCACCCUCAAGGUUAAAGCUUCCGCACGUUGAGGAUGUGUCGCUUUCUGUGAUUAACUCGUGUCGUCGACGCAUAAUUUUUCUCGCACGCUCCGAAUCCGCCGCUCUCGGGAGCGCUUCGGCGUCCUGUGCGUCCCGCGCCUUACCGCGACGCAUUCGGCGCGACAUUGGCUGGAUUUCAAGGCGCGUAAAAAUCGACAUUGACAGGCUAUUCCCUAGGAGAAUCGACCCGCGUCUUAACGUGAGAGCCGGCCCCCGCCGUCGCGGUAAGCGUCAGUCAUUCGGCCACCGUCCGUCCCGCGUCUCUUCGUGACGCAUUCCGCGCAACAUUGUCGACAGAUGCUGGCGCAAUCGGCGCGAAUCGACGGACGAGAUGCAUCUGACGGCUAAGCAGAAGCGGCAGAUUCUGAUUCAGAGGGCCCAGGAGACGGGAACGGCUGGAUCCAGCGACGCGGGGCAGGGAAACAUGGCGACGGCGACCCCCAGUGCCCCUGCGGGAGCGGCGGGAUCUGUCCUUGGGCCGAGAAGCGCGCCGAUGCAGAGCCAGGCCGAGCUCAAGGAGCGACGGCAGCACCUGACGCGGCUUCAGAUGCAGCAGCAGCAGCAGCAGCAGCAGCAGCAACAGAGCCAACAGCGACAGCAGCGGCAGCAGCAGCAGCAGCCGCAGCAGCAACAGGGCCAACAGCGGCAGCAGCAGCAGCAGCAGCCGCAGCAGCAGCAGCAUCACGAGGGGACGUCGGGAACGGCGAAGAAGGAGACGGCGGGAGGGCAGAACGGGCGAGAAGGGGGAGAAGGCGGCGCUGGAAACCCGCGGGACAAAACGGAGACGGAAAACGAGGAGCGCGGAGACUCUGACGAUCGAGAAUUGACGGAGCAUGGGGAUAAGCAGCAGCAGCAGCAGCAGCAGCAGCAGCAGCAGGAGGAGGACGGGAAUGAGGGAGCCGGCGACGCUCCGGGGGAAGCAGAAGGGAAGGAGGGUGGUCAGGGGGAGAAUGCGCGAGAUGGAGCGGGGGAAGGAGAGGGGGAAGGAGAGGGGGAAGGAGAGGGGGGUGCAGCGGGGAAUGCGGAGGGAGAGGAAGGGCGCGCAGGUGGGGAUGGGGAGGAGGAGGGAGCGGAUGGAGAAGGGGAGCUCUCUGCGGGUAAGGGGCAAGGGGAUGACGGCGACCUGCCUGGUGCGGGCUCGUCUGGGCAGCAGCAGGUGCAGCAGCAGCAGAAUGCAGGGCCAACGCACAGACAGCAGGCGCAGCAACAGGCCCAGCAUCAGCAUCAGCAGCAGCAACAACAACAACAACAAUCACAGCUGCAGCCAGUACAGCAGCAGCAGCAGCAGCAGCAGCAGCAGAGGCAGCUGAACCGGGAGCACGAGCAGGAGCUGCUGCAGCAGCAGAUGCAGAAGCACCAGCUGCUGUUCCACCAGCUGCAGGAGCGGCGGCAGCAGCUGCAGCAGCAGCUGAUUCAGCAGCAGCGGCAGCAGGGGUCGAUGGACGUGAUGCAGCGGCAGCAGCUGAUUCAGACGCAGCAGCAGCAGCAGCUGAUUCAGCAGCAGAUGCUGAUUCUCAGGCAGCGGCAGCUGCAGCUGCAGCAGCAGCUACAGCAGAACCACCAGCAGCAGCUGCAGCAGAACCAGCAGCAGCAGCAGCAGCAGCCGGGCCAACAGCAACAGAGCCAGCACUUGGAUUCACAGGCGGUGUCAAAUCAGGUGGCAAAGGAAGAGCCGAAGCAGAGCGAACAGCAGGGAAGAGAGGGCACCGCACAGAAUAGGAUGUCAGAGGCACACGAGCAUCAGGCGCAGCAACAACAACGCCAGCAGCAGCAGCAGCAGCAUCUACAUCAGCAGCAACAACAGCAGCAACAGCAGCAACAGCAGCUGCAGGGUGGUGCGCAGCGGCCAUCUGAUGCUCUUUCCCAGCUGCUGUUGCGGCAGCAAAUGCUAUUGCAGCAGCAGCAGAAGGCUGCGGGACAAGGGGAGGAUGGGGACAGUGCAGGGAGCCAGCAGUUGGCACGCAACCAGCAGCAGGUGCAGCAGCAGCAGCAGCAGCUCCUCCUCCUGCUUCAGCGGCAGCAGAGCCUGAACAACGCCAGGAACCAGCAGCAGCAGCAGCAGCAGCAGCAGCAGCAGCAGCACCAGGAUCAGGGGCAAGGGCAAGUGCACGGGCAGGCACAGAGCUCAGCAGGGCAAGCACCACAGGACCCGCAGCAGCAGCAGCAGCAGCAGCAGCAGCAGCAGCAGCAGCAGCAGUUGCAGUUGCAGCAGCUGCAGAAGCAGAAGCUGGAGCAGCUGCUGAGGCAGCGCCAGGCUCAGCUACAGGCUCUAGCCCACGCCCAGGCGCAAUCCCAGGCACAGGUGCCGGCACAGGCACAGCCACAGGUGCAGUCCCGGGCUCGCCCUGACCUCCCCGUCCUGGCCCUUGCAGAGGCUGCAGGGAGUGGCGCGCUUCCUAGUAGAGCAUCCAACGACCAGGAUGCAGCUGGCGCCGGUCCAUCAACGGCCCACCUGGCUACUGAAGCCAGGGACGACCCAGGCGCUGUGGCUAUGGCGGUGGCAACUGCUGCUGCUGUUCCUGAUGGAAUGGCUGGGGAAGGCCCUGCUGGGGGAGGUAUACCUGGUGCGGAUGCUGAGGCUAUGGCAGCAGAUGAAUUAGCAGGGGAAGCCAGGCAAGCAGCAGGGGUAGGAGGGGGCGGAAGGGGAGCCGAUGCAGGAGUAGCAGGAGCAGGGGGGGUAGGAGGAGGAGUAGGAGGAGGAGGAGGUGUGGGUCUGGAUGGGGAGGGGGGAGGGGCGUGCAGUGGGGAGGAGGAGGCGUUGCCCAUGCCGAUGAUGCUGGAUGUGUCGCCAGAGGAUGGCGUGUUGCCUGUGGUGGGCGGGUCGGCCAACGUGGAUGGGUGUGUGAGGAAGCUCAUGGAGUUCAUGUACCACCAGAGGCGACGCCCAGCGGUGAGUGUGUGGGACAACAACGUGGAGUUCUGGCGGCAGUUCGUGGCGCAGUACUUCGCCCCGGACGCCAGGAAGCGGUGGUGCGUCGCAUCCUACGGCAGAAGCGGCCGCCAGCCGGCAGGGGUGUUCCCGCAGGACAUCUGGCCUUGCGACCUCUGCGGCGCCACCCCGGGCAGGGGCUUUGAGAUGACCAUGGAGGUGCUCCCCCGUCUGUUCAAGAUCAAGUACGACAGCGGGGUGCUGGAGGAGGUGCUCUACGCAGACCUGCCAGCGGAGUACAUGCUGCCAGGCGGCGCUGUGGUGUUGGAGUACGACCACGCCAUCCAGGAGAGCCUGUUCGAGCAGCUCAGGGUGGUGCGCAAGGGCAAGCUCAAGAUUGUCUUCAACUCGGACCUCAAGAUCACCCUGUGGGAGUUCUGCACUCAGAACCACGAGGAGCUGGUGCCCCGGCGCCUGGUGCUGCAGCAGGUGAGUCGCCUGGCAGAUCUCGCCUUCAAGUUCCAGAACCAGCUGCCAGGGACGCUCACACCCAACCAGCUCCACUCCCACUGCGCCACGUUCGCCACCAUGUGUCGGGAGCUUGCGCUCAAGCUGGACGCCCCUGCGGUCAACGACCUGGGCUUCACCAAGUGCUACGUGCGCUGCCUGCAGAUAUCAGAGGUGGUCAACAGCAUGAAAGACUUAGUCAACUACAGCAGAGAGCACAACAUCGGGCCCAUUGAGUCUCUCAACGCCUUUCCUCGCCUCAAGGCCACGCCCCCCUCGCCAUGCGCAUCCACCCACUCCAUACAGCAGCAGGGGCUGCAGCAGCAGCAGCAGCAGCAGCAACAGCAGCAGCAGCAGCAGCUUCUGCGCCAGCAGGCACAGCAGCAACAGUCGCUCCAGCAGGGGCAGAAGCAGCAGGGGGGCGGGGAGCUAGGUCUGGUGACUGAACAGGUGGUGGGGCACCAGCAGCAGCAGCAGCAAUCAGUGGGGCAUCACUCAAUGGGGCAGCAGCAAUCGCUAGGCCAGCAGCAGCAGCAGCAGCAGCAUUCAGCGGGGGGGCAGCAGGAGGAGGGGCGGAGCGUGCAGCAGGGCAUGGGGCAGCAGAGGGAGGAUGUGCGAGCUGUUACCCCCACGUCUCACCUUAUGGAAGAAGGGGGUGGGUUAGGGGGGGGAGGAAGGGCAGGAGGGGCGGGAGGUGCAGGAGGGAUGGGGGGUAUGGGAGGGGUGCAGCUGCAGGGGAUGCAGCAAGGGGGGCAGGGGCAGGGGCAGGGGCAGGAGCAAAGGCAGGGUUUGCCGCCUCUGCCUCCCUCUCAGCAGAGGAACCUGCCCCCUCGGUCGCCCCUGCAGCACCUGCAGCAGCAGCUACUGCAGCAGCAGCAACUCCAGCAGCAGCAGCAGCAGCAGCAGCAGCAGCAGCAGGAAGUGCAGAGUUCUCUAUCUCCCGGCACAGCAGCAGCAGCAGGAGGGGGAGGGGGCGCACAUGGUGGGAUUCAAGGGGGGGGAGGGGGCAACCAGGGAGGGAUACAGGGCUUUGGGGCUCAGAGCAUGGGAGCAGGGCAGGGGUCAGGGGCGGCAACAGUGGCAGCAGCAGCUGCCGCUCUUAGAAUGAGCAGUGCCGCCCAGAUUUCCGCCCUCAUGGGCUCUCUGGGGGCGGGGGGGGGCAUGGGGGGAGCGGGAGGGGGAGGGGGGAGAGAAGGGACGGGGGCAGGUGGUAUGGGUGUGAGGGGAUUGUCUAGAGCGGAUAGCACAGGCGAGAGGGAGCCAGGUGGCUUGCACACUGAUAGCCAUGCUGUUGCAGGGGCAGGGGGGAUGGGAGGGGCAGGGGGGAUGGGAGGGGCAGGGGGGAUGGGAGGGGCAGGGGGGAUGGGAGGGACAGGGGGGGGGGAAGCAGGAGGAGCAGCAGCAGGGGCAGUGGCAGCGGCCAGUGCAGCAGGCGCCCCUCUGGGCCCUCCCAGACUUAGACACUCUACCUCUGUCAAUUCGCUCUCAGGGUCGGUGGGAGGGGCGGGUGGGGGGAUGGGGGGAGGGGUGGGGGGAGGGAUGGGCGGUGUGGGGGGAGGGGGGAGAGGCAUGGGUGGGUUUAACCGGGCUGGGAGCAUGGGGACCAGCAUUGGGGGGAGUAUGGGCGGGCCUGGAGGUAGAGUCCUGGGGUCAGCUGCUGCUGCUGCAGCAGCUGCGGCGGGUGGGUUUGGUGGUGCGAGAAACGCAGACUUGGAAUCAGUGGGACCAGACAAUCUCGCUCCUGUUGCUGCUGGUGGUACUGGCGCCGGUGCUGCAGGGGAAGGGUCUGCAGCAGCAGCAGCAGCAGCAGCAGCAGCAGCAGCAGCAGCAGCAGUAGCAGGGGGUGGUGCUGGUGAUUUUGCUGGGCUGAUGUCUCCGCCUGUCUCACACCAAGAAGCCUCGUGGCAGCAAGCCGUUGCUGCCAGUGCUGCCGCUGCAGCAGGUGGGAAUGGGGAGGGGGGGCAUGGCAUAGGGAUGGGCCCCGGGGGGAGGACGAAUGGGGCAGGGGGGCAUGGCGGGGUGAUGAUGAGAGCCGGGAGUUAUGGGGCAGGCGGGGCAGCAUCGGCUAUCAGUGGAGGGGGUGGGGGCGCUGUUGCUGCUGGUAUGGGUGGUGGUGGGGGAGGGGCAGGAGUGGGAGGGGUGGGAGGAGCAGGAGGAGGAGGAGGUGGGGGGGGGAUGACAUUGAGUAACCUGCAGAGCAUGCUGCAGCAGAGCGGGGCUUUAAGUGGGGGUGCUGGGUCUAUGGCUGGUGGCAUGGCGAACAGAGUUGCCACCCUGAUGGCUCGACAGGCUCAGAUUAAAGCCCUUGCUACCCUGAGGCAGCAGCAGCAGCAGCAACAGCAACAGCAACAACAGCAGCAGCAGCAACAGCUGCUGCAGCAGCAGUCAGUGUCGCAAGGAAACCCGAUGGAAAGAGCAGCAGCAGCAGCCGCAGCAGCAGCGCAGGGUGUGAGUGGCAACAGCGGCAGCGUGUGCGGUGGGGGGGGAGGAGGAGGGGGUGGUGGUGCUGGUGGUGGCGGGGGUGGUGCUGGUGGUGGCAGUGUGAAUUUCGGUGGGAUGGGGAAUGCAGCAGCAGCAAGCAGCUCAGCAGCUCCUGCAGCAGCGGCAGGAGGGGGGGAGAUGGGCGGAGCUGGGGGGAUGGGGGGAGCAGCAGCAUCAUCGCAAGCAGCAGCGGCGGCAGCUGCAGGAAACGUGGCUGUGAGUCUGCUGCAGCAGGCAGGGAAGCUGGAAGGGUUGAGAGGAGCCGAGGCACAGAGCGCGGUGCAGCAGCUGAUGCAGCAGGUGAUGCUCAACCGGGCUGCUGCUCAGGCCGCUGCUGCUGCUUCUGCUGCCGGUGCUGCUGGUGGCGGCGCCACUGCUGGCGCUGCUGCUAGUAUGGCAGUAGCGGCAGCAGCAGCAGGAAUGUUGAGAGAAGGCGCAGCAGCAGGCGGGGUAGUAGGAGGCAUGGGCUCGCAUGGAGUGACGGGCGCAUGCCUAGGGGGUCUGGCAGGGGUGGGUGGGGUGGGUGGAGCAGGGGGGGGCGGGCCAGGGGGAGGUGUAUCUGGGAUGGGGCCUGCUGGCAGUAGGGUGGCUGCAAUGGCUGCUCGGCUCAGAAGCAUGGGAGUGACUAACCUGGCGGGGCUGGGAAUGGGGGGAGGAGGUGGUGGUGUUGCUGCUGGUGCUGGUGGGUUGGGAGGGGGGAUGAUGGGAGGUGGGGAUAUGAUGUCAGAAGGAGCGGGAGGAGCAGCAGGGGGGGGCAUGGUUCGGGCUGCUGGAAACUUUGCCGGUCUGGCUUCAGCUGCAGGCCUGGCUGGACCUGGCGGUAUGGGAGCAGGUCUGGGAGGGAUGGGAGGGGCAGUGGGGGGUAUGAGGGGAGCGGCAUUGGCUGAGCGACUGGCAAGUCUAGGCGCGAAUAUUGCAGAUCUAGGGCGAUAUGAGAACGUGAUAGAUGCAGGUGGGGUUGGGGGGCUAAUGGAUUCGGGCGGUUCUAUACCUAAUUCCGGUCUAGGGGGUGGCAUGGGUGAUGCUGCUGCUGGUGGGUUUAGAGGUGGUUUGGGAGGAGCCGCAGGAGGUAUGGUUGGAGGGAAUGUAGGCUUGGUGGGAGGCUUGGGAUCGCUGGACCGGCUUGCAGCGGCAGGUUUGGUUGGCGGAGGUUCGGGGAGUCUAGGUAUGGGAGCACCGGGGGCAGGUGCUUCGGCUGCUGUGGCAGCAGGGGCGUUGCAAGCAGGCAUGCAGAUGCAAGAGCAAGUAGGGAUGGGGCAUGAGGGGAUGAUGGGGGGUGGAGGAGGGGGAGGUGGGGGAGCAGGAGGGUUCAGUAACCUUGGUAACCUACAAUUUAACUGGAACAGAUGAGGUUUGUGCCGUACUGUAACAUGUUGCUCGAUUGGAAGGAGUCUGAUGCUUGGGCUAACAUGUGGAGCAUCAUAAGGGAUCUGUCUUGGGAUGGAUGUAUUGAAUUGCUGUAAUUGACCCAUAGGGAAGUGGUUCUCUUCUAGCCUGUUCUUGGUUUUCCCACAUGCUUCGCACUGAUGGCAUUGAGUAUUGGCAUGCAAUAGUGGGUAGUAAAUAUUCAAUUCACUUUUGCGUGUCUGUCAUAGCCUACCUGAACAUCCAGAAAUAGUGAACUGUAC